GCGCAGGGCACAAAGUCAUUGUGUUAUCAGUAGAUUUGCAAGAACAAUAACAACAACAUAAUGCGAAGUUUUUAAAAAUAUUAAUAUAUUUAAAUAUUAAGAAUGCACAAAAUACAAAUAUAUUUGCUUCUUAUCGGUGCACUCGGCAGCGCUUGGAAGAGUGUAAUGGACGCAACGAGGAUCCUACAAUCCGAUUGUGCUACCGAAGAUUACCAUUGGCAAUGCCAAAAUGGUGAAUGCAUCUCAAUAAAUGUGCUCUGCGAUGGCAUCAAGCACUGUCGCGAUGGUUCCGAUGAGACCAGAAAGUUUUGCAAAAAUGCGAUAUGUACACCGUUAUUAUUUCGUUGUGAUUACGGUGCGUGUAUACCGUUGGCACAGCUUUGUGAUGGUGUAGUCGAUUGUGCAGAUUCGUCAGAUGAGGGCAGCGAGAUGUGCCACAAACGGCGCGAGGAGGUGUCAGUUGACGAAAGUAGUGAGCAAAUGAAUGAAAGGAAUUGCGUUGGCUGGGGUCAACUUAAGUGCUGGUCUGGCCAAUGCGUUAGUGUGCAUGCCAAAUGUAAUGGCAUACGUGAUUGCCAAGAUGGCAGCGAUGAGUGGGAGCGCCUUUGCGCAAAUAUCAAAUGUAAUAGACGCAAACAAUUUCAGUGUAAUUAUGGCGCUUGCAUAAGUCUGACUGCCAAGUGCAAUGGUACAGCAGAGUGUUGGGAUGAGAGUGAUGAGACGUUAGCAGAAUGUGUACAGAAGGAGAAAGGCAAGAGUGAUAGCGAUGUUAGUAGAGAGAAACUACAGACACACCCAGCAACUCUAAUUACAACUGCUCAAGGGUCGGUGCAAAUGUUCACCCCACAAACAAAUGCAAUGCCUAUUUCAACUACAACAAUACUCGAUAAUGUCGAGCCCAAUAAUGAAAACGAUGCUAGCGAAACACACGAGCGAGACGAAACGGAACUUGCCACUCAUAGUCAAAGUGAUAAUAAGAAACCAAUAAGUGGAAUAUAUCCAAGCGAUGUAAUUACUUCAUCACAACUUGGACAUGGCCUAGGUUGCCGCAUAUUUCAGCAUUGGCAAAGCUCAUCAGCCCGAUACUGCAAUGAUAAAUGGAUUGAAAAAAGUGAUUGCUGCACUUUAUAUGGAAAAACCAUUCCAUGCAUUCGUAUACUACCGAAUACGAUUGUGCAAAAAGAAUGCCGUUCUUCUGGUUCACGUCACAAAUGCAGUAAAGAACUAAAAUGGAUAGAAGAAACAUAUUAGCAAUAAUUAUUUAAAUUAAUUAAAAUGUAAAGGGUCUUUCAAAAGUGACGCCUAGAUGUCUGUAGUGAAUAGGUGCUAGAAGACCAGUUUUUAUGUCAUCUUUGACAUUUUUCAAGUAGACAGAUGUAGAAUUUGGCACGAUACAUAGAAUAGCAGGUUAAAAUUAAUAAAUCUUAUUUAUGAAAAUGGUCGAUCUUUCAGAACAACACAUCGCAAAACUCUUAAUUUUUUGGUCCAAAUAAUCAUCCGAAUUAGUCGUCAACUGACAUUUCAAGUAUAGCAAAAGGACUGGCAGACCAAAACUGGACUUUAUGUCGGGAAUAUUGCUGCUGUUGCGCAGAAUGCUGCUCAUCCACCUUCAACAUCGAUAUCUCAACGUUCUCAACAAUUCAAUCUCAAUGCAUUCAUGAAUCGACUGUACGACUGCUUGGCAAAUUGUAUCUCUAGACGCGCUCAUGAUGCUAUUUUUCACAUUUAAUUCUUAAGAGCCGUUUUUUUCAACUUUGAAUAAAAAUAGUGAAACCGAAAGAA